AUGAGCAGGACGAUAGCUCAACACAAGUCCGCCAAAACAGCAGAGAGGGCCAAUGCAGAGCCAACAGAGCAUGAAACUGCAGGAUGGAUGCAGAAGAAUUCCAACCAGGCCUCGAAGAAUCUCCCCAAGGAGUUUUGCGACAAGCAUAUGCCAAUCUCCGACCAGGCUUUUAGCUUGGAAGCCGAGAGCGGACAAGUCUACCGUGUCAGCUAUGCAGUGCGCCUCCAUCAACUCGGUGGAGGAUGGAAAAAGUUCUCAGUUGAUCAGAAAUUGGUCCCUGGAGAUGUUCUUGUUUUCCAACUUGCUUCUCCAGCCAGGUUCAAGGUCUGCAUUGUGAGGAAGAAGGACUCAAAUCAAGCGAUUGGUGUUGGUCGUGGCUUUGUGAAACCAUACACUUUUAACCCCGUAUCAGAAGUAAUCGACCUUGAAGAAGAAGAAGAAGAAGAAAACAGUGACACUAACAGGUUGAUCAUGGAGAAGUAUCAUGAUGCUGAGAUAAGAAAUGGGGUUUGCUAUGAUUUCAAGCUAGUGAAAAGCAUUGAAGAUUUCAGCAUUGUGGCAAACGGUCUAGUCAUAGACGGGGAACUGCCCGGAUGGGUUCGAUCCAGGUACUACGAACUGUGCCGGAGUCAGAACUCGUUUCUGCAUCGAGGUGUGAUCAAGGACCUUACCUGUAAGCUGAUUGCUGGUGCAAUUGCCGAGACUGUCAACAUUGCGGAUGCCAUCAGAGGGUUCAGGGGUGAUGUAAGUGGAGAAGGAGAUUUUGAGACUUGGAGGACCAAAUUGGAAGCUUUCGAGAAACUGGGGAUGAAAGUUGACUUCCUCCUCGUACGGCUGAGGAAACUGGAGGAAGUUUGGGAUGAGGCAAAUAGGUACAUGGAACUGAGAACCCAGAGAGCUGCUGCAGAGGCUGAGGUGAGGAAUUUGGAGGCACAACUUGGAGAAGCCAAAGGAAGAGUGGGGGAACUGAACACUGUGAUUGGACUUGAUGGAUAUCGAAGAUGCUUUCAAAGAUUUGGCAAAUGGUCCAUGGUGACGUCAUCGGUGUCCGAGGAUGUGAAGGAAGAAUGCUGA